AUAGGAAAAUUAACACUGUUAUAUGAGGAAGAGGGUCAGGGCCCUAAAAUGAUGAAGAAUGCAUCAUCAACAUCAACACUGGAAGUACAUGUCAGAUGAGGAUAAAUUCGUCUUGGUAUUAUGGAAUCAGAAUCCAAUAAAUGAAACAUUUCAUGGAUCCAGACUGAGAAGACAGUAUGUCAAAUCCCAUGUUGUCCAAGUAAGCCGAGCCAAAGGAAAAGUGAUAAUACACACCGUGCUUAAGUUUAAAUCUUAUUAUACAAAUACUUCUGCAAAAUUUCGAGAUAAGAUCGAAAGCAUUUUACGACAGAAGCUAAAGGGCAAAACUGGGUCUUUAUGUAUAGAUUAUUCUUCAUUCAGAUUUUCAGAUAUUGCAAUGCCAAUGGCAGAAAAUCUUCUCCAUACAUGUUGUGGACAUCGCAAAAUUACUCGCUCUGGCAACAAGAUAGCCGGGGGCAUGGAUGCUGAGGAAGGAGAAUGGCCCUGGCAAGCUAGUCUUCAACAGAAAAGUGUCCACCGAUGUGGAGCCACUCUGAUUAGUAACAGCUGGCUUCUCACUGCUGCUCACUGUUUCGUAAAGGCCAGGGAUCCCAAACAAUGGAAUGUUAGUUUCGGGCUCCUUUUAAGUGAUCCACAAAUACAGCGAAGUGUCAAGGAUAUUAUAAUUCAUGAAAACUACCACUACCCCUCACACAACAAUGACAUUGCUGUCGUGCGUCUGUCUUCACCAGUACUAUAUACAAGCAAUAUCCGAAGAGCAUGUCUUCCAGAAACUUCUUAUGCAUUCCCACCCAAUUCUGAUGUGGUGGUCACUGGAUGGGGAACAUUACAGUCUGAUGGAACAAGUCCUAAUAUACUCCAAAAGGGAUUAGUGAAGAUUAUUGAUAACAAGACCUGCAACAGGAGAGUGGUAUAUGACGGUGCGAUCACACCUGGGAUGUUGUGCGCUGGGUUUCUGGAAGGAAGUGUUGAUGCCUGCCAGGGUGACUCUGGUGGACCUCUGGUUGGUGCAGAUAAUAAAGGCACUUGGUUCCUUGCUGGUAUUGUAAGCUGGGGAGAUGAGUGUGCCCUUCCAAACAAGCCUGGCGUCUACACUCGAGUGACACAUUAUCGAGACUGGAUCAUGUCCAAAACUGGGCUCUAGUGCAGAAGCGCUUCAUACAUUAAAGUUCAAAAAUUAUGCCCUUGUUAAAUAUGUGUGUAAUUUCACACCAUAUUUAACUUAGUAUCACCUCUCUUUAUGCACAUUUAAUGUUCCAAAUUUAAACAUACCUGUAUAAUUUUAGAAUUAUGAAAACUUUUUGUGUAUUAAAUUUUGACAAAUAUUUAGUGAUAGCAAUGGACCAGGACACAGAAAUCUCCUUUCACCCCUCUCUGGACUGAAGGCAAUUAUUUGAGUAAAUAUGGAUUGCAGUUUACUAAGGAGAUCUUCUCUCUUGAUUUGUAGAUCCAGAUCCCUUGGGAAGUCACAGAUUAGGUGUUAUCAAUAAACUCCCUUCUAUUGCAUAUAGACAAUCUCCUCCUGAAUCAGAUGGACUCCUCCAGAUCCACAUAUCGGUGGGUGGGUUGUGAGCUACUGAGUUGCAAUAAU